UACCUAGUUCAUAUGGCAGAUUAACAUAGUAAGUACUUAUAGUUAUAUGUACUUACUUGCUCAGUAUAUUUAAAAUGUAGCCUGUCUACAAGAGCUGCAAGUAAAAUUGAGUUUUAUAAGUAACAAUCAACCUCUACUCAGGUAGGCAGCAUAUAUUUUCAUCUGUAUUUUUUAUAAGUAUAGUGCUACAUGUGAUUAAACAUCUGCUACAACUGAGAAGCUCACUCAUGAAAUUCGAGAUGUGAAAAUAACACUGCCCAGAUCACCAGAAGACAACUAAUAGUAAAACAACAUACUUUUACUUACUUAAAUAUUAUUUUUCAUCAGCCCGUCAAAAUGUGUUUUUAUACAGUAAUAUUUUUUUUAGUGCCCAUUUUUUCUACCCUUCUGCCUGUAGAAUCAGCCAAAAUACUGGGUAUUUUUCCUUUACUAAGUAAAAGCCACCAUUCGAUAAAUCAACCAAUUGUCAAAAGCUUGGCUAAAAAAGGUCACGAAGUCACCAUACUUGGACAUUUCCAGUCCAGCGACAAUAUACCAAAUUAUAAGGAAAUUCUGAUCUCAGAGACCGAAAAACUUAAAGAUUGGGUGGAUACUAUUACAAUGGAAGAUAGUGUAAACUACGCAGGAGUUCAAAAUUGGAUAAAGAUUUUUUUUACGAUAGAAUCAUUGGGCUGUGAUAAGAUUCUUCGUUUAGAAUACAUAAAAAAGUUAAUUAAUUCAAAGGAUAUAGAUUUGAUCAUGACCGAAAUUUAUCAUGUUCAGUGUUUUCAUUUAUUGGCGCAUAAAUUAAACGUCCCAUUGAUACUUGUCUUACCACCAACUUCUGAAAUGGUUCUCGACUAUUUCGUUGGAAACCCCUUUAUUCCAUCAAUUACACCUCUACGUGAUACCAAAUUUACAACAAAAAUGAAUUUUUGGCAACGUUUUGAGAAUGCUUUUCAAUAUGCGCUGUCACACUGGCGUCAGAAUAAUAAUAUCAUCUAUAAGAAAGAUAUGGAGAGAUAUGCCCGAGAUAUUCUCAACAUAGAAUUGCCGACGGAUGAAGAACUGAAUAGACGAACAGCAUUGGCCUUUUAUAAUAAUCAUCCAAGUUUCAUUUCAAGACCAAUGUCUCCCAAUGUCAUUGAUAUUGCUGGAAUACAUAUCAAAGAACCUAGAAAAUUACCGAAGGAUGUAGAAGAAUUCAUCGAAGGAGCCGUCCAUGGAGUGAUUCUCUUUUCCUUUGGAACUACGAUGAAGGCAAGCAGCAUCACACCUGAAAAACUAAAAGCUAUCAAGGAUACAUUUGCAGCUAUACCUCAAAGAAUUUUAUGGCGAGUAAAUGAUUUAAACAUCACUGAUGUUUCACCAAACGUCAUGCUAGGUGAAUGGUUUCCACAACGAGAUGUUUUAGAGCACAAGAAAGUAAUCGCUUUUAUCAGCCAUGGCGGUCUGUUUGGAACUUUUGAAGCUAUUCACACGGCCACUCCAAUCAUUGGAAUACCCUUCAUAUUUGAUCAAUUCCAGAAUGUCAAUUUAUUAGUUGAAAGAGAAGUUGGUAUCCACGUUGAUUAUUUUUCAAUGGAUAAAAAUAUUCUAAUCGAUGCCAUAAAGGAAAUCACAACAAAUACCAAAUAUCGAGAGAAUAUCAUGAAAUGGUCGAAAAUUUUCAAGGAUAGGCCGAUGUCUCCUCUGGAUGAGGCUGUGUACUGGACAGAAUACGUAAUAAAGCAUCAGGGAGCUCCUCACCUGAGAACAACAGCCGCUGACAUGCCUUUAUAUCAAUACUUGCUAUUGGAUGUUCUUGUAGUGCUGUUGGGUUUUGCCAUAGGAUUUGCAUAUUUUCUGAGAUACUUUUUGAAAAUCUUGAUUUCCUUCUUGUGUUCAAAGAAACUUAAAAAAUAUAAAACUACAUAAAAUCUUUUUAAAUCAUUAACAAAGAAUUAGGUAGGUAACUGACCGCUCCCCCUCUUAAAGUAAAUUUACGUAACGAGGAACAUAAUUUCAAAAAAUGUACUCUCACUAAAAAUUUAAAAAUAUCGAUUGAAAAGGAACCAUUUUCAGUGCUCUACCACGGAUUUAAAAAAUUCUUUGAUAUUUGGAGACACGGCAUAACAUUGAAAAAAAAUCCUCAAAUCCAUUAUUACAAAUGUCCAAUAAAUCAUUUAUCGAUUCUCGGUAAAUUUUUAAAAAUGACAAAAUGACUCAAAAAUUGAUGAAUAAAUAGAUAACAUUUUUGACUUUGAGGAAUAGGUAUUUAAUGGAAAAUCUGAGAUUUCGGUUACUUACUACUACCUACAUGGUUAGAUAUGCAUAUCGCAUCAUAAGACAUACAAAAACUACGUAGAUAUGCCAAUUAAUAAACCAAUUAUGUACGAGUAUGUACUUAUAUAAGCAGAAAAGGUGAAAAUACAGAGGUUUCGGAAUUCAAAGAGAUUAGGUUUCAAAAUAAACAUGAAUUGAUCGACGAUAUCUGGUUGCUUUUGACAUUUGCACUUUUUAAGCACAGAAUAAAUAUCACUUAUCUACUCGUACUUGCAAAAUAACGAAAUAAAACACCAAUUUAUUUGCAAAAUUAUCGUUUGGGUCAAGACAAUGUUAGUCGAAAAGAAUCGGCGCAUUAUUAAAAUUAUCGUGCUAUUCGAAAAAUACAUCUUUAAAUAAAUCUGUGACCUAUGCAGUUAUCCUAUCUAAAUAGGUAUUGUUUUCCUCAAACGAAUUCACUUAUUUUAACAUUGAACCGGUCCUAUAUAUAUAAACGUCAGAUUACCUUUGAAUUAGCGUCACUUACUCACACUAUUUUUCGAGGUUAACACUAGUUGUAUGUUUUGUUGAUUUUUGAGAACCGAAUCGUGUUUAUUUAGAAUUCAAAAUGAUGAAAUCCGUAUUCGUUUUAUUAGUCUGCGUUUCCAUAGUUUGCGCUCAGCAAUAUGGAGGCCAAAAUGAGCAAAAUCAUGGUCAAGAUGGUUCAAACCAAGGCGGUGGUAGUGGUUUUCAUCAACCUCAUCAAGGUGGCAAUGGCGGACAGGGAUAUGGAAACCAAGGUAAUGGAAGACAACCCAGUGGCGCUGGACGCAACGGCCCCCCAAUUCAAGGUUACUAGAGCCUGAAUAUAUCCCUAAGCAAGAAUUUAUCCAGUUAUAAUCAAAUUAACUUGGAAAAUUAUAGUCUUCUAUUUUUUUUGUUCUUUUUUUUUUAGUUCGAAACAAUCAAACCUUUUUCUUUCAUCCAUACCUACAUAUUUUCAUUUUGAAUUCAUUGAUUUCUAUUUGAAACCUUGAUUUUAACCAGACUAUUUUUUGUUAUUAAAGUAGAUGAAUAAAUAUCUAAGCAGGUAAUUUACCUAAUUCUUGCAAAAUGUUCACAUAAUAGGCAUGUCAAAAAUAAUAAAAUUUAGGUAGGUAUCGUAGUAGAAAUGUGAUACCAAUGAAUACUUAUAUCAUAUUAUGUACUUAUGCAUUGAAAAUAAAUUAAGUUGAAAAUUAAA